GCAGGCGUUCAACCCAAAGUCCCUCCUUCCUGACUGACCUGACACUGAGCUUCAUCUCACGCCUGAUAGAAAAAUAGUUGUAACUUCCUGUAACAGCACAUGUAUAAAGUACGAUAAAGGUGUUUGGACAGAUGCUAACACAAUGAAGAACUUUUGAUGGAUGAGUGACUGUCUCAGCAGUGAGAUGGGAGUUGAUAUACUGCAGGUAACUGAGCAGCAUCAGCGUCUCCAAGACCAAAUCUAACCGAGAAGAGAAGAAAGCAUCAGUCAAAGAACUUCAUCCACAUCCCGCCAAAAGUUUGGACCAGAAGAAUGCUGCUGCGUGUCUGCGUGAUGCUCUUGGUGGCCUCGGAUCUGGGCUUUUGUUUGGAUGAAGCUCUGCUAGACACCCAGUGGAAAGAGUGGAAGAUCACCUAUGGCAAAGAGUACAAUAAGAGACAUGCGACAAGAGCAGCGAGGAGCUACAGGAGCAGCCUGCAGCAGCCCACAGAGGAUGAAGAGGAGUACCGGAAGGGCAUCUGGAAGAAGAACAUGCACAUUAUUGAAGUCCACAACCAGGAGGCAGAACAGGGCAAACACUCCUACAGACUGGGGAUGAACUACCUGGGAGACCUGACCUUGAAGGAAAUGUCUGAGAAGAUGACCUGCUUCCAGGUGCCAACGAAUCAUGCAAAAUUCAGUUAUUUCAAAGAUCGAACCAAUUGUAGUAUGACAAAUGGCUACAAACAGGUGAUGAUGCUGGACUUUCCACAGACCACAGACCUAACCCUAACCACGAAGGACCACAGAAACCAGGUUUAUAACGCGACUUGCUCGUUGAAGGCGCCCAAGUCUCUUGACUACCGUAAGAAACGCUGGGUGACUCGAGUCAAGGACCAGGGAUCAUGUGGCUCCUGUUGGGCAUUCAGUGCUGUGGGGGCCCUCGAGGGGCAGUUGGCCAAGACGAAGGGCAUGCUGCUGGACCUCAGUCCUCAGAACCUGGUGGACUGUGACCAAGAAAGCAGCGGCUGCGGUGGAGGACGCAUGACCAGUGCCUUUAAGUAUGUGCAAACAAACGGGGGCAUCAACUCAGAGGAGGAUUACCCAACUGUGGCAAAGGAGCAGCCCUGCCGCUACAACAAGAACUCAGCCAUUCCAGUCCAGUGCAAAGGCUUUAAGGAGAUUCCAGAGGGGGACGAAUGUGCACUGGCUGAAGCUCUGCACGACGUGGGUCCUCUGUCCGUGGCCAUGGACACCUCCUCCAAAACGUUCAUGCUAUACAAGAGCGGUGUUUACUACAACCCAGAAUGUGACCAUGACAGCAUCAAUCACGGCAUGCUCUUAGUGGGCUACGGAGAGACAGCACACGAGGAGAAAUACUGGAUUGUCAAGAACAGCUUUGGGACAAAGUGGGGUGAGAAGGGCUACAUCCGGGUUGCCCGUAACCGUGGUAACCACUGUGGAAUUGCCAGCGAUGCCAGCUACCCAGUCAUGGGAAAGGACGAAUGAAGGGCACAGAGGAAAAUGACCUGAAGGGAUAAUUUCUACAACACUGCAAACGCACAGGUCUCAGACACACUCAAACUCUUUUAGAUAAAUGAGCCUGGUUCUGUUCAGGCUCUUAAAACUGACUUAAAAACAAAACUUGAAAUUAAAACCAUUGUCUAAGACAUAAUAAAACAAAGGGGAGCCAAAUGUCACUGUGUGAGGUGGCCAU